CCGAGAUGCGUUUACACUUUUCCUGAUGACAUUUUUCUUGUAGUCUCUAAUCCCCUCUGCAUGUCUCCUCAACAAUGAGGUGUUGACUCACCCCUCUCUCUCCCUUGGUGUGGUCAAACCUCUUGUGACGGAUGGCAAGGACCUGACAGGACAUUCCUCCCCCCCCCCCCGUCCACCCACCCCCUCGCCCUUUCUGUGCCGGACAGCAGAGCUUUGUGUGCAAAUUGUGUUUGUCUGAAAAGACAGCAGAGCAAGGGAUUGCGACAAAGGCGAUGGGGCUGUAGACUUGGAGGGAGGACACAUCAGGUUGGUCUCGCUGGAGUAUUUCACCACUAGUGGAGUUUGGGUGUAGGAGGACAAAGGAGAGUGAAGCUACACUUCAUGUUCAUCUGGAGAAAGCACAACUGUUGUGCCCUAAUUUGAGCCAAAACAUUUUAGGUAGGACACCUUUGGGACUUCUAUUAAAAGGCGUCUAACAUGGACCCCUUAAGGAAAAGAAAUGAUCAGUUUGAUGUUUAUGAGACCGAGGCGCCAAGCCGGAUUUCUGGCGGCCCGCAGCGCGGGGGCAGCCUGGCAGAACAGCUAACAGUGGAGAACCUGCAUCUCCUGAAAGACGCCUUCGAAAACCACAAGACAUCCUCAGACGGGACGUCCCGGCGGAAACCGAGGAAACCCAAGCAGGACGGGGGUCGAGGACUAGAGGAGAUAGGAGGACGGGGAAUAGAAGCCCCCAGAAUCAAUUUGGAGGAGUUCCGGACGGUUCUGAGCUCGGUGAUUGGUCCAGAUGUCAGUGACGGCAGUGUGGAGAGGUUAUUCCUCGAGGUGGAUAUAGACAGCGAGGGCCUUGUUGACUGGCCCAGGCUCUGCUCCUUUCUGCUGCGUACGUCUGCAGAGAGAGAGAGCUCAUCCACGCCUAGGGCCGCCGUAGUAGACGCCUCGCCGCUCAUCAAACACUGCCUCCACAACAAGCAAGAGACCACUGUGCGGGUAGUCGCUGUCUACCAGCCGGCCUCCCUCCGCUAUAUUAGCGUCAGUAAAGGGGGGCGACUGAUUGUCUGGAACAGCCGUCUACACAUCCUCCAGCACCUUGGUCUCUGCGGGGACCCUGCAGAGAAGGCCGUAACAAGGGGCAACCGAUUCAGAGGCUGGACCACGGAUGCUGUGUACAUGAGCAAUGUCCACAAGGUCGCCAUAGCAACCGGAUGCAGGGAGCUGCGAUUCGUUAACCUCUCAGCGACUGGACUCUCAGAGGAGGUCAUCCUCUUUGGCUGCCAGAAUGUCCCAACUGCCCUUUGCUACUGGUAUGAUAAAAAGUCUCCGGGGCAGCGCUCUCUUCUCCUUUGGGGCGACGACAAGGGAGGGGUCAACCUGAUGUGGUUUCUGAACCCAUCCAAGGGCCUGUUUGAGAAUCAGCCCGGUGAAGACCCUGCACCCCAGAGGAUCUAUAUGCCGGACCUAUCUGACCACAGCAGUCUGGUCACCUACCAGCACAUCCCCGACAUCCACAAGGCGGCCAUCAACAGGGUCAUGUUUGAACCCGAGGCAGAGCUGAUCAUGACGUCAUCAGAGAGCGAUGAGACCUCUGUGGUCAUCAUGCAUGCGUCACUCAGGAGGGACCCUUACAUCUGGAGGAUGGACCAGGGCGUGAGAUGUUUCCACUACAGCAGGGGGCUGCGGCUGCUGGUGACGGGGGGCUUUGACACGGCUGUCCGGCUGUGGAACGAGGUGGUGACCACCCGUCCGGUGGCUGUCCUGCGCGGCCACAGCUCCACCGUCCUGGACGUGGUCCUCUACCAGCCCCGGGGCCAGGUGUUCAGCUACUCCAGGGACGCAGAGCUGAAGAUAUGGGCCAUCUCCUCCCAGCGCUGCCUGAGAACAGUGCGCCUGCCGUUCCCUUGCGUCCAGCCGGGCCGCUCCCCGGAGCAAAGCAGCUUCCCCUUCCUGUUGGUGGAGGCGGCGCUUCCUGCCAAGGGCCCGCCCCGUCUGCUGGUGGCUUGCAAAGAUUACCUAGCUCUGCUGCGAUUGGCCGGGGGCCGAGGAGACGACGCGGCGGCGGCGGCGGGACGAGAGGGGGCGGGGCGUGAGGUGAGACACGGACGCCGGGCCGCGCCCAUCACUGCCGCCCUGUACAACCCCGGGCUGGGGCAGGUGGCGACCGGGCGCCGCGACUCCUCGCUGGCCGUGUGGGAGGCGGCCACGGGCCGGGCCUGCUUCACCAUCCACGGGGCCCACGGAAGGGAGGCCCUCACCUGCAUGGCGGUGGACUCCAGCGGCAGGAGGCUGAUCACAGGGGCCCGCAACGGCACCGUCAAGGUGUGGGACCUGCUGAACGGCCAGAACCUGCACAAGUUGGAAGCGGUGUCCGCCUCAGAGGUCACCGGGGUCACCUGUCUCCAUGGCAACCAGUUACUGACAGUGGGGUGGAGUCUGCGGCUGGCGCUGUAUGACAUCAAAGGUGCCCAGGAUGUGUACGUGAAGGCUGACAUGGCGUGGAAGUCAGAGGGCGUGCAUAAGUCGGACAUCCUGGCCGUGUGCCCGUGCCCCGCCCUGGGGGUAAUUGCCACAGCGAGCUACGAUGGAGAGGUGGUGGUCUGGAGGGUGGAGACACAAGGGCCAGUGCAGAGGCUACAGAGGGACUCUCAGACAGGGGUGGCGCCCCCUGUAGACCACCUGCUGUUUCUGCAGCGCAGGGCGGCUGACAGACAGUGGAGAAACAGAGCCGUGCUGGUCUCCUCGCAGGGGGGCUCUCUGUAUUUCUGGAGCCUGUCAGGACACACACAACCGCAUGGACAGCUCUGCGGCCCGGGUCGGCCAGGUGAGCGUGUGUUAUCCCUGAGCUCUGAUCACCGUGACAACAGCGUCCUGGUCUCAGGGGACAGCGCCGGCUGCCUCCAGGUGUGGGAUAUUUCACACUACGCCCUGGACGUCCUGCAGAAGCCAGUGUGUGAGCGGCCCCCUCCUCUCCUGCACCGCUGGAGGGCUCACCAGGGGGCGCUGGUCUGCACCGAGGUGUUGGAGCUCCCCCAGGGGCUCUUCAUCCUCACCGCCUCCACCGACGGCUCUGCCAGGCUGUGGACGUCCACCGGGACCCCCGUGGGGUGCUUCGGACAGGGGGUGCAGUGGGACGUGGCCCACCCUGCCUCCUAUGAGCGCGAGAGCGAGGGGGAGAUGGGCGAGAGAAUGAUGGAGGAGGGGAACGAGGAAGGGAGCAAUCAAAGUGACCCUACUGGGGGAAGAGCCCCAUCCGGGGUGAAAGGUCAAACCUCAAAGCAGGUGAAGGGCCAAGGUCAAACGUCACCGGAGCAGAUUGAUCACCAAGCAGCAGCUUCACCUGAACAGACUGAUGCUCCACACACAGUGGAGACCCCCAGCCCGCCACAACACCAGCAACGUUUAUGUCAGCACCUAUUUGAGGACACGGACCGUCGGAGGAGGCGGCGUUUGCUGAGCAGCAUCGACCUGAACAAACUGUUCCAGGUCGGCGCCACAUGCUCCCCCCACCACGCUCUGGCCCUACAGGACUGCAAGGAGAUGCCCCUCCCUCCAGAAUUACCCAUAAGCCCCUGGGCGGACAGUCAGAGCCUGAGCCGCGGCGGCGCCAAGAUGAGCUGUGAGCGGGAAAAUCGAGCUAACCGAUGUUGACACCUUUAAAUGCUUGAAUAUAAAUAGUGUUUUUAAUCAAACAUUUAUAAUGUUCUUGUUCUCCAUUGUAUUCUUCCUUUUUUGUGUCAUUAUUUGGAAUAAAUGAAAUGGAU